CAGGCUGCUGGCUGGCCGGGCACAGCGGGGUGUGGGGAGGGCGUGAAUUUCUCAAACCCACCAUCUGGGUGAGCCCCAGCAGGGUGGUGGCGCUCGGGGGAAGCGUCACCAUCCGCUGUGCGGGUCGGUGCCCAGGCAUGGAGUUCUUUCUGCAUAAAGCUGGAGACCCGAACCCGCAGGUGUGGACGGUGCCUGAUGGGACCGUGGCUGAAUUUCCCAUCCCCAGUGUCGGCCGGGAAGAUGGAGGGAGCUACACCUGUGACUAUCGCUCCAUAGCAGAUCAGAGUCGCUCAUCGCAUCCCAGCGACCCCGUCGAGAUCAUUGUAGGACUAGGAGAGCCCAGCUACCCCAAACCCAACAUCUCCCUGCUGAGCCCCAGCGGGGGGGUCUCCCUGGGUGGAUCUGUGGCCGUUCAGUGUCGGGCGCAGUGCCAGGGCGUGCGGUUCGUGCUGAAUAAAGAGGGACGUCAUUUCCAGCCUGUGGAUUCGAACGGGUUUGAGGUUGUGUUUCCCAUCAGCAAUGUGAGCCGGGAGCAUGGCGGGAGCUACAGCUGCUCCUAUCACAGCAGAUCGGAGCCGUUCGGCGUGUCGUACCCCAGCGACCCCGUGGAGCUGGUGGUAACUGGGGUGACAGAGGAGCCGACUGGCCUGGACCAGACGCCUCCAUCGAUGAAGAGAAAGAGACGCAGACCCUGGAGCCCGACCCCUGGCACCGAGGGACUCACCUACGCCGAGCUGGACGGCCAGGCGCUGCAGGCCAAGCCGGGGGGCCCGGCCCCUGCCUCUGAGCCUGUCCUGCCCAGCAUGUAUGCCGCGAUCAACGGGCCCCGUCUCUGGGACCGUGCGGCGAGGACGGGGCGCAGUGACUGUGCCGGGGUCUGUCUCACGCCCUGUCUCCUUCUCACUGCAGAGACCUACUACCCCAAACCCUCCAUCUCCCUGCGCCCCAGCGGGGGGGUCGCCCUGGGGGGAGCUGUGACCAUCCGGUGUCGGGGUUGGUACCAGAACGUGAGGUUCCUUCUGUACAAAGAUGGAAACCCGAAUGCGGUGCAGUACGCGGAGCCUGCUGGGGACCUGGCUGAGUUUCCCAUCAGCAACGUGAGCCGGAGAGACGCAGGGAGCUACAGCUGUUAUUAUCACCACAAAUGGUACCCGUUCAUCUGGUCGUAUCCCAGUGACCCUGUGGAGCUGGUGGUAGCAGCAGCAGCCCCCUCGGGGCGCCCAGAUUUCACCCGCACCAACAUCACCCGCCUGGCGCUGAGCGCUGUGAUCCUGCUCGUCGUGGGGCUGAUCUUGGCUGAGGCCUAUUACAGCCGCCCGAGGGGAGCACCUAGGAACCUGGAUCUGGACGCCUCCCCCCAUCCUGUAUUUCUAUUGUACAACCCCCCAGAACUUCCUUCUCCCCUGCCCCCAAAUCUCCCCACCCCAGUGGGUGGCUGUGAUAUCGGAGCCUCCAAAUGUCCCCUCAUGGGGGGUUCAGCCGACGAAGCAGCAGCCCCCUCGGGGCGCCCAGAUUUCACCCGCACCAACAUCACCCGCCUGGCGCUGAGCGCUGUGAUCCUGCUCGUCGUGGGGCUGAUCUUGGCUGAGGCCUAUUACAGCCGCCCGAGGGGAGCACCUAGGAACCUGGAUCUGGCCGGGACGGCUCUGACAACGGAGCCUCCAAAUGUCCCCUUGUGGUGGGUUCAGCUGACGAAGGUGAGUGAGAAGUUCAGGCAGCGUCACGAGAACCUGGACGAAUGA